GCGUGGCCCGCCAGCUCCUGGAGCGCUGCCAGCAGGCGGGUCCGCCGCAGGAGGACCUUGCCGACGGUGCUGGAGGAGUCUCUGGACGAGGCUGCCGACGCCGGCGUGGAGAGGCUGCGGCAGGCCACUGCCGCUGCGCUCCGCGGCCCCGCCGAGGGCUGCCCAGCGCGGCUCUCCACGGCGAGACGCGAGGACGCCACGGCCGAGCACGGCCGCCGGGGCCCUCCCGGGCCCUGCGCGCCGGGGGCACGGCCGAGGGGGGCAUCGCCCGCGACCGCGCCAGAGCGCGGGGGUGCCCCAGGCCUUGCACCUUGCACGACAACGAGUUUGUGUUGA